GCGACGCCCAUCCGCACCACAUGGCGUGUGCUCAGCAAUAACAUUGGCUGCACAGAAACGACUCGGAGAGGCUGAACAGCGGUAUAGUCCCCCUGCACUCUGGCACACAGCGCGAAUCGACGUCCUCACACAGCGCGCGUGAGCAGGAGACCCAGGUGAAGGCAGGAGACACCCAGGUGAAGGCAGGAGACCCAGGUGAAGGCAGGAGAGACCCAGGUGAAGGCAGGAGACCCAGGUGAAGGCUGGAGACCCAGGUGAAGGCUGAAAACCCCGGUCCAGUUCCUUCUCCCCGUUUAUCUGGACGGCUAGCUUGUCAGCUAACUGUGCGCGUGUUGGCUAAAAUGAACGGGCAUGAGAACGGUUUCCAAAACAACUCGCUCAACGAUGAAGACUGCUUCCUCUUCACGUCCGAGUCCGUCGGAGAGGGACACCCAGAUAAAAUUUGUGACCAAAUCAGUGAUGCUGUGUUGGAUGCACAUCUCAGACAAGACCCUGAUGCCAAAGUAGCAUGUGAGACUGUUGCUAAAACGGGGAUGAUCCUGCUGGCGGGGGAGAUCACCUCCAGGGCCCACGUUGACUACCAGAAGAUUGUCAGGGACACAAUCAAACACAUCGGCUAUGAUGACUCCUCCAAAGGUUUUGACUAUAAGACCUGCAAUGUGCUGGUGGCUUUGGAGCAGCAGUCCCCCGACAUUGCUCAGGGUGUUCACCUGGAUAGAAAAGAGGAGGAUGUGGGAGCUGGUGACCAGGGUCUGAUGUUCGGAUAUGCCACUGAUGAGACUGAGGAGUGUAUGCCCCUCACUCUUGUCCUGGCUCACAAGCUCAAUGCCAAGAUGGCUGAAUUGCGCCGAAAUGGAACAUUGCCGUGGCUCCGGCCCGAUUCCAAAACUCAGGUCACUAUUCAGUACAGACAGGAUCAAGGAGCCAUGGUGCCGCUGCGAGUCCACACCGUUGUGGUCUCAGUGCAGCACGAUGAGGCGAUAUGUUUGGAUGAGAUGCGCAAAUGUCUGAAGGAGCAGGUGGUGAAAGCGGUGGUUCCCAGUGGCUACCUUGAUGAGGAAACCGUAUACCACCUGCAGCCCAGUGGACGCUUUGUGAUCGGGGGACCGCAGGGUGAUGCUGGUCUGACCGGGCGUAAGAUCAUUGUUGAUACUUACGGUGGCUGGGGUGCCCAUGGAGGCGGAGCCUUUUCUGGGAAGGACUACACCAAAGUGGAUCGCUCUGCUGCCUAUGCUGCCCGCUGGGUGGCCAAAUCUCUGGUGAAAGCUGGGCUCUGCAAGCGUGUGCUGGUCCAGGUAUCCUAUGCUAUUGGAAUUGCCCAUCCACUCUCCAUCUCUAUCUUCCACUACGGCACCUCCCAGAGGAGCGAGAAGGAGCUGCUGGAAAUUGUGCAGAAGAACUUUGACCUCCGUCCAGGAGUCAUCGUGAGGGAUCUUGACCUGAAGAAGCCGAUCUACCAGCGCACAGCAGCUUACGGUCACUUUGGCCGUGACUUCUUUUCAUGGGAGGUGCCCAAGGUGCUGAAAUACUGACCCCCUCCUCCUAUCGCUGAGCAGGCCGUAGGUGCACUACAGAUAAACAUGUCUGUCUACUUCCCUCCUUUCUCCUCCUCCCCCCUUUUCCUGCUCCCACACACAGCCACGUCACCACAGCCUCGACUUCAUAAAACAACGUUCUCUCUCCGACUUUUUGAACACAUCUUUGAGCUAACAAGUAUUUCAGUUGCAGAUAUUAAGUGAACUCCCAUGUUGGAACAUGUGUGUAUAGAGAUGUGAGCAGUACUGCCAGCUUUUAUUCAUCUUUGUGGCACUGCUAGUCACAAGUGGAUUGACUUAAUCUCUGCAGUAUAUAUUUCAACCAUAUGUACAGCAGAUUUCCAAAACAAGUAUAUGGAUCAGUAUUGAUUGUGUUUUGUAAGACAUUUCUGGUGUUCCUCAUCUUUUUAAAUUCAGAAUCUCACUGAAGUUGUAUAAUG